AUGGAGCCGGCGGCGGUCAACGACGCGCUUUUCAACCACUUGGUUUUGCCCGCUCAGCUUCCACAGCGCCAGGAACAUGAUCGACAGCUUCGUCUCGUCGAAGGUGCUCUCCUCGAGCGCCUCAUCGGCGCCGCCAGCAUCAUGAGCGGCAGCGAGACAGACAAUCCCUCCCACAGCCAUUGGCAAUCACUUCGCCAGACCCUUAUCGCCUGCCAGCAAGUCAAUCGCGCCGGAAGAAUCGACAAGUCCAGCCUGGUGCGUCGUUUUCAGAACCUAGAUCCUUCGGGUUGCCUCAUUCUCCACGUCGAGAGUCAGAAUGCUGGCUUGAUCGUCCGCAGAGCCCAGGAUCCCAUCUUCAAGGAUUGCGUCGUGUUUGAGGCCUUCGAAGCCUCUCCUCGCAACGAAGACGUCUUGGCCACCAAGGCUGCCCUGGUCUGGGACUUCCCGGGCAUCGCUGUUGCGGUGCCUUACACCACCUUCAGCGACGAAGACUUCCAGACAAGCGUCGCGAGCUUCAUUGAGCAGGCCUCGCUUGAGAACACCAAGACCUUUGCCGCCCAUACGUUCAAGGCCGGCGCCAUUGUCUACGAGUACCGCAACACGGGCGAUCCGUCAAUCAUCACUUCUAUGCUCAUGGCAAUUCUCGAGGAGAACGGCCGCAGGAUUGCCCCCAUCCUUUUGCGGAAGCGAGUACGGGACGACGUAUGCUGGAACAGAGCUGAGAAACCCUGGCGUCGGCUCCCUCUGUGGUUGGUCAUUCGCGUCGGUAUUCAGCGGUAUCUAUCCACGGCAUUGGAUGCAGAGUCGGGUCGCCUAGAGUACAAGUUCUACAUCGCCGUCGUCCUGUCCAAAUUUCUUGACGAAGCGCCCAGCUACAACAUCGGCAUUGAGAGAGUGCACUUCCUCAAGAAAAAGAUCUGCAGACGUCUGGUCAAGCUUGACCUCGACAAACAGCGCUGCGUCAACGAUUCCAUCGUCUCUCGCUACGGUUUUCUCUUCGAUUUCCUUGGACCCAAGUUCAACAAGUCCAUUGAAAACUGCAACAGGGUCUUGAAUGUCGCUUUGGCUCAAGAGAGGGCCUCGUUGCACAAACACAUUCCACUGCUACCGCGGAAGGCCGCGGAUGCCGAUCUUCGUUUGAGCCUUCGGAUCAGCCGUGCUCAUCUCCAUAACGCCUUGGAACGAUUCAAGAUGCCUCGCCAUCGACGAAGGCAGCAGACAAGGCCCAAUGAAGGUCUUGCGGAAGCCGCCAAAGACCAUCUCAGCCACUACGCCCAGUCAUACCACAAGCUGAUUGAUAGAGAGCUUGAGCUUUCCCACAUGCCCGGAGAGACUUGUUCCGAAAUCGCAAAGCGUAUCACGGACUACGCCAACAUGGCUGUGCCGCUCUACGAGGGCAACCCCGAGCAAAAGAGUCAGAUGAUCUUGACCAUUAUGGAGAUGUGGCAAAGGAUGGACGCAAUUGCCUGUCACUGGUUUCCCCUUCUUCAGGAAUUCCACCCUGUUCUACAUCCGCAGAUGCUCGAUGUUCUUCUUCUGCCUCAGUAUACCGACAUGGCUCGGCUGAACACGCUCCAGCUCCUUCUUUCAGCCCGCGUCAAACGCGCAAAUAGUGAACGUCGGAACAUAUUCGAAGACCCAUCUCCAGGAUGCUUCGGUGAGCGAUACUACUCUGAGUCAGCAGACGCGUGCGACUUGAAGCAGUUACACGAAUCAAUUGUGGAGGUGGCAGAUGAUUUGCGAGCUUCAAAGGAGUCUGAGUGGAAGAAAAAGAGCCAGAGGUACGACGAUCUAAUCCGGCAGAUCGACACCAGUGUUUGCUCGUACCUGAGAGAUGACUUCGAUCUUUUGGGACGUGAGCAGCACGACCCAAAUUGUCCCAGAUGCUCCAAGAUGUGGAGCGCCCAGAAAAUGCGGAUUGCCAUCUUUGAGGACCUGCUUCCCUCGGACCCAGUGGUCACGCGAGCAACAGUCUUUGAGCUUGCCUGUCCGAAGGAGUUUGCAGUGUACCGCGAAACAACUUGGUGGAUUCUCCGGCAACUAGCCGCACCGUUCAAUGACGAAGGAAACCCACCUCGUUGUUUACUCAAGGACAAUCUGCAGCUGAAGCCGUUCUUUGAGCCAAACCGGAGCAAGGUUGGCCUAGCAUCUACCACCAAGCCAUUCAUUACCACCCACUACACCUCAGUCCCAUUUCCAGUUGAGUGGCAAGGAGGCCGCGAGGGCGUCUGCCGUCCAAAUGGGAUGAAGCUGGGAAUGUUCGACGAAGGAACAUGCACUUGGCCCGGAAGACUCAAAUUUCGUCCCACCUUUGCGCACCACGUGGCUCUGACACUCCCAAAGUCCUCGCCUUUCAGCAAACUGUUUGAGCAGAGGUCUUUCGCCCCUGGUGCCCCCGGACCAUCCUCCUACGAGAUCAUGGCCAGCCAAUGUAGCUGCCCCGCUGGCGUCAACGUUCAUGAAUACCUGGCGAUGCAAACCCUGAUGUCCGGGAAGGCACAGCGCUGGCUUGCUCUCUUGACCGAACUCGGAUCCACGAACUUGAACUUCUCCAGCGAGGUCACUCUGCUGGUGGUUUCCAACCUUGUGUGUCAGAGCGGACCAGCCGAUGACGACGGCAUCAGCGGCAAUGACAGCGGCGGCGAACGUGAAAGAGAUGUCCUGCGGAAAGUCCACAAAAUAUUUCGCGAGGAGCAAUUCUGCGAUCGUCUUGUGGAGCAGCUCAUCAUUCGACUGGACAGCUUGGAGGCCAAUUGGCGCGAGACAUAUCUGAUGGACGUCGUCAUCACCAUCCUUUUGCGCACCCAUACCCUCACUGCCACGAAUCCCAAUGCCUCGCUGAAAGCAUUGAGCGCUCUCAUUCGAGCACGUCAGAUUUGUCUGCGCUGGGUGGAGAUGCUGCGAGCAGAAACAUACAAAGAAAGCGACACAGAAGCAGCUCGAAGAUGCCAGCAGUACGCUUUGUGGGCGGCGAUUCUCUGCAAGAGAACAUUCGUUAUUCAUCGCAGCCAGGCAACCCUUUUGGACGAGCUUUCUCUCCAAGCAUACAUCGAGUGCUGCAUUACCGUGCAAGACAACCUGGUGGUGGAAGUCGGCGCCCUGCCCCAGGUACUCCAGCAUGCUGUUGUCUCUGACUUGAAACUGUCAUAUCGUCUCGCAUCUUUGGUGUGCGCCUCCAUCAUCCAAAGCCCAGACGUCUUUCGGUUGGCUAUUCGAGCUGUCUGGCCCGAGCCCGAAGAUCGCCCCCGGCAGAUCUACAACCUGUGCUCACAGCAGCCCUCAUGGGUCGCGUGCGACAUCCAAGAGAACGAAGAAGGCAACCUUGUUCAAGUUCACUACAACUACGUGCAAGGGCUUCUUCUGGUCGACAAUAAGCCUCUUGGAAAGCUACCCAAAGCGCCCGAGCAUAUAGAAGUCCUGAACGAGCUCUUCGGUGAUCAAGCCCUACUAACGUUCCCGUCUACCCAAAAGGGAAUGGACUACACGCUGUGCCUCACACCCCGAAAUUAUCGUGUCGACGUGGGAUUUGAAGCCGGAAACAUGAUUGUCCGCGCCACCAAAGGCAAUCAAUAUCUCCAACUCAUUCCAAGAGAAGUUUUCCGGACAGAGACAUCGUGGGAUCUUCCAGGACCGCUGUUGGACGACUGCUGGCAUUGGCUUGAUUUGAAAAGCGGAAAAGUGUUCAUCACUCACACUACCGACAUCUGGAACAUCCACCUUAGGAAUUGGACGCUCGAUGUGCAUCGCGGAGUCUGUCAAAGAUCCCGAGGAGCAGCAGGAUACGACAAAAUUGUCGAUACCUACAGCCCUCUGUUCAACCGUGUGGGCAGAAUUUUUGAUGGGUUUGAGCACAAAGGCCAGAUUUUGGUGUAUCAGCCAGCUUCAAGACAUUUGGAAGUGGAGAUCAGAAGACUUCAGCUUCUUUUCUAUGUCAACCCUCGUCAGGUCCUCCAAUCACCCCAGCUUGGUUCCGAGAUCGAUCUGGAUCAGGACGCGGGAACGUGGUACGGGCUCAGUAGCAAGCUUGUCUUCCGGAACCCGCGUGAUCCCUCACAAAGAAGCAUUCUGGUUCCUGUGGGACCAUUCGAAGCCAAGCGAAUCGAAGGAAAAGACAUCAUGAUCGCUUGUACACACCCUACCGAUAUGUACGGGCGGUUCAACAUCAACAAGUCCUUGGGAAGAUUGGAUUGCGCGGCGGAGCCAAUGCUACUCUACAUGAAAGCCUUGCUGCAUGCCUACACGUCUUCCGUUUUCCCUGAUCCCCUCACUGGAAGAACGGGCACAGAGGAAGCCCUUCAGUGGUUGUCUUCCGGGGUCUGUCAGCCAUGGCAGGUUCUAGGAUCUGCCCACGUCAACCUGCUUGCAAAGAUCGCUCACCUGAGCCCUCGUCAUGAGUACUAUCCGGAAGAUCUCCGAGUGAUGAAGACGGACAUGUGGGACGAUAGUGCUACUGAGAGUAUUCAGCAUGAGAGAUUCAGACCUCUUGUUGAAAGGAUCUUGUCUGUAUCCGACGAGCUUCAUACCUUCUCGCUUCUCACCUCGGAUACUAGCCUUGCCGCAUUACCUGCGCCUGGAGAUGACCAUCUACGGCAUAGGGCCGAAUCACGGAGACAAGUCUUUGAGCGAUGUUUCGAUGACAGGACUGAGCCACUUGGCAUCUCUGACCAAAGGUAUCGAUCUCGGGACUGUCCUUUGCCCUCCAAUACCCGGCACUGCCAAACCCUAGAGAUUGCUCACCUCAUUCGAUCCUGGCCGGAGCAGCUUUCGACAACAUCAUCUCUGGCCAUUCAGUUGUCUAUGGGUAGUAGUGUUGGAGGGUUUAGAGAGGCUUAUGACAGGGUGUCUCUGACUGAUCGUCUGGGAGUUGACGUUUUGGAGAACUGGGGGUCUCUUGUCAAGGCAUGCCGAGAGCAACAAAGCCCGUUUGCUUUGAUGUUUGUUCUGGCGCCGAUUGCCUUCAGCUUCAAGGUGGAUAUGUGUUUGAUCAAAACAUUAGCUGCCUUUGCUAUGUUUGACGAACUCAAAGUCAUCGAGCUUCCUAUGUGGGAAAGGUACGAGAACUUCAGACCGAACCAGCUGCCUCAGCUGGAACAGUUGAUGCGCAUCAUUGCGCUUCACAAGAUGCCACCGCCAAAAGAUGACGGGGAAGAGUUGCAGCAAUUUGCCAGUGCGAAGCAGUUACGCAAGAUGAGAGAACAGAGAGACGCCUGGGAGCGACGAUCAGAUGAGGAUUGCAAGUACUUGGCAAAUUUCUUGCUGUCUCAAUGGCCGUGCGAAGAGCCAGGGGUUGCGGAACUUGAUAAAUCUCUGCUUGUCGAUGUGGGAGCUGCAUUGAAACUUGUCAGGGUUGAAUGGAAGCGACUCUACCAAAACAUGGAUCUUUCUAUUCAUCUCGAUGCUGUACAAAGCGUGUUGGACCGCAAACAGUCCGAUGUCGAGUACGAGGCUCCAGUCUUCAUUGCUUCCGAGGAGCUCUUCGAAGAGCGUCUCCGAGGCGGCGAGAUCUUGCGAUUGAGAACAGAUCUGCUGCAAAAGACGUUCCCAACCUUGCAAAGCAUCGAUACAGAGUCAAGAAAGCCUAACAGCCAGCCCGCCAAAGUUGCAACCAAGACAACAACUGCUGUGAACGAGGCCCGCCAUCCAGCCCACAUUCGGAAACCCAUCACCUUGCCGUCCCCCAACGUCCGAAGCACCGGAACGAAUGUCCUCGCCCCCAGCUGGAUGUCUUCAAAGACUGCGCUUAUUCCUUCUAGUGACUCGACAGCUGAGCUCAAGCAAAUGGUCGCCUCGUUUUCUAAGUCCCCCUCGAUGGUCCGCCAAAAGUACGGAGAGGAUUUGCAGAGGAGUCUGGAUGCCUUUGUGACUAGGAAACAACCCAAAGACUCGAAAAAUAACGAGCCAACUGCCUUUGUGGCAAGGGAGGCGUCCUUAUCGCUAAUGUCUAUUCAGCGCCGAUUCGAGAAGAUUCGACAGGCUCUUGAGAAGCCCGAUGAUACUCAUUCGUCCCAACAGCUGUUUUGGCUCCAGGCUGGACAGUUGUGGCCUGCAGUCACUCACGUUACACUGUUGGAGCAGCUGAGAUCAACCGCGCAGCCCAUCACGUUCGGUAAAUAUGCGAAAGAGACGUUGAUUGACUUUGGCCUGGCAAUUACGAAUACGCAAAGAGACCUCAGAAUCAAUGAUUUUGUUCGUCGAGGUGAUGCUGGACGGUACAAAGAUGAGAUGAGCAACCAGGGACAUUCCAACUGGCAGCCUUGCGACCACCCAGAUUGGCUGCUCUUGGAGAUUGAAGCGAACCUUCUCAUCCGCCCCGAUCAGGUCGAUGUAGCACUGGCUACAAUCUCUCCCGCCUCAGGAAACAAUUCCGUUCUUCAAAUGAACAUGGGUCAAGGCAAGACAUCCUGCAUUAUUCCAAUGGUUGCCGCAACGCUCGCCAAUCGACAGAACCUCGUCAGAGUGGUUGUACCAAAAGCUUUGCUCCUUCAGACCUCACAAUUACUUCAAGGUCGCCUAGGUGGACUGCUUGACCGUCAAGUGCGCCACCUUCCGUUUUCCCGACGAACACCCACCGAGGAGCAUAUCAUUCGGGCGUACCACAAAGUCCACCGAACUAUGAUGAAGGAAGCAGGAGUGAUGGUAUGCCAACCCGAACACAACCUCUCAUUCAUGUUGAGUGGAUUGCAGCGUCUUCUUGACAACAGAGUUCCGGAAGCUGGUCCCAUGAUCAACGUUCAAUCAUGGCUUCGCACUCGGUGCCGUGACAUUCUCGAUGAGUCCGAUCACACAUUGGCUGUACGAACACAGCUCAUCUACCCCUCUGGUUCGCAAACUACUGUGGAUGGCCAUCCCUCACGAUGGCAGGUCACUCAAGCUAUUCUACGACUUGUUGAUCGGCAUUCUUACGGACUGACGAGUGCGUUCCCCAACUCGAUGGAGGUAGUUCGACGGCCUGGUGGUGGCUUUCCUCUGCUGUUCUUCCUCCGGUCAGAUGUCGAGGAAGAACUCAUUCGCGGCCUCACCGCUGACGUGUUGAGAGGUACUGAUGGUAUCCUCCCGAUCCAAAGUCUAGAAGCUGCCGACCGUCUUGCGAUUCGGGAGUUUCUAACAGGCAAGCCCCGGGACGUCACUCUGCAGCGCAUUCGUCAACUCUGUCCGGAUCGGCCCGCCGUUCGCCAGACAGUCUAUCUUUUACGGGGAAUUCUGGCGAAUCGGAUAUUGAUGAUGACUCUGAAGAAGCGAUGGAACGUUCAGUACGGUCUACACCCUCUGCGAGACCCCAUCGCUGUGCCAUAUCAUGCGAAGGGUGUUCCUAGCGAGCAGUCUGAGUGGGGACAUCCAGAUGUUGCUAUUCUGUUUACAUGCCUGGCUUUCUACUACGACGGUAUCAGUGUCUCGCAGCUCACCCAGUCGUUGGAGCACCUUCUCAAGUCCGAUGAUCCAUCGGCUGAGUAUGACAAGUGGACUCAGACCACCGAAUCGUUCCCCGAGUCCCUCAAAGCAUGGAACUCCAUCAACGUAGAUGACGAUCUGCAGCUCGUUGAGAUUUGGAAGGCUGUACGGUACAACAUGACGACCAUUGACUACUUCAUGAACAACUUUGUCUUUCCCCAACACGCUAAGCAGUUCAGAGUCAAGCUUCAGUCCAAUGGAUGGGAUAUUCCGUUAUUCACGGUCGACACUCCCUCCUCAAACGAUGGAGACAGCCAAGAGAUUUCCAGGGCUCUGACAACCGGAUUCAGUGGCACAAAUGACAAUCGUACGAUGUUGCCUCUGACGAUCAAGCAGGAAGAUCUUCCCGGCCUAUCUCACACGAACGCCGAGGUCCUGACUUACCUUCUACAUAAGCGAUCUCGUGAGUGUCGCAAGAUUGAAGGCUCCGGAGGGGAAAGAGCGACUGAAUCAGACCUUUUGCAAGAGCUCAGGCGACGGGACAUUAAUAUCCUGAUCGAUGCAGGAGCUCAGAUCCUGGAGAUGGACAAUGUCACUCUUGCAAAGAAAUGGCUGGAAGUUGACCAGCGGGCUUUCGCUGCUUUGUUCUUUGACGAACAGAACAAACCAUGGGUUAUUCAGAGAACUGGCAGAAAGACCCCGCUACUUGCUUCACCGUACGCAGAUGACCUAAGCAGAUGUUUGGUGUACUUGGACGAGGCACAUACUCGAGGAACGGACCUGAAGUUUCCCCCUAGUGCUCGAGGCGCACUUACUCUCGGCCUCGGUCAGAGCAAGGACCAUACCGUUCAAGCUGCAAUGCGACUGAGACAGCUGGGAACUACCCAAUCCGUCACGUUCUUUGCUCCACCUGAGGUAUAUCAAAGCAUCCUGGAUUUGCAGUCCAAACCUCUUGGCGCCACUGUCGACUCUCACGACGUAAUCUGCUGGCUCUUGGACAACACUUGCGAUGGCAUUGAGCAAUUGCAGCCACUGUACUACGCCCAAGGCAUCGACUUUUGUCGGCGCAUGCAGGCCACCGUUGAACAUCCCGAGUUCCUGCGAGACAAGGCCCAAAGGGAAGACUACCUGGUCACAAUCAAGCAGAACGAGCAAUUCAGCCUGCAGCAGAUGUACGAGCCCAAGCGAAAGGUGAAGGGCACUGGCGAGUUCCGAGCUGGUUCGAACCUGAAGAUCAGAUCUUUUGUCAAGGAGCUCAAUACGAGACGCAAAGCAUUCCAAGAUACGGGUCGGGCUGUUCAUGCUUCAGCUCUGCAAGAGGUCGAGCAAGAGCGAGAAGUGGCAUUCGAGGUGGAGACUGUUCGCCAAGUCAAAAAGCCCCUGCACUACCCAGCGCUGUCGUUCCCGGGCCUUGCUCAAGAUAUUGAGUCGUUCGCAUUGAACGGAAGAGUUCCCGCUGGAUCUCAGAGCUUCGUGCCAGUUCUCAAGUCGCUGGCAAAGACGGGUACCGGCAAAAAGUUCAAGGUCGCCGAUCGAUCAACACAGGCACGGUUGUUCGUUUCCACAGAAUUCGAGCGAACAAUCAAGCUCACCUUUGACUUGACGAAUGACAAUUUCCUGCGCAAUGUCAAUUGGAUUCUUUGGAGCGAUGUCACUGGCGUCGCUCUCGUCGUUGUCCCCGAGGAAGCCGAGAUGCUUCUGCCUCUUAUCAGAAACAAGGGCCCCAAGCAUGUGACACAUCUCAUUCUAUACUCGGCUCCCGUCACCCGCAAGAUGCUUCAUUUCAGCAAACUUGACUAUCUCAGCAUCCCGCCUCUUGCUAACGACUGGGAAGCGCCAAUGUGGUUGAGGGUUGAGUUGGGAUUAUACGCCGGACGGCUCUACUUUGAGUGGGACGAGUAUGCAGAGAUAUGCCGCCUUCUCGGUAUUGAUGAGACUUCUCUUUCCGAGCACUUGGAAGAGUCUUCUGAUGAAGACCUGGAGAGGGCACAGCGUGACGGAGCAGUCGAAUCUAAGCCGUCGGCCAAGCCAGCCAAGACUGGUCUGACGCCUCGUCCGUUGACAUUUUGCCAAGAAUGGCUUGCUGCUCGACGCCGUGGUCAGGACUUUGUCUCCACCCCUAUGGGGUUCAUCGCCCAAGGAAAGCCUCUUCAGGCUACCCACCCUUUCUUCCGCAAGACUGAUACGGAGAAGCAUGACAAGCUCUUCGUCCCCAUUAGUCGCCAGAAGGUUCAGCAGGAUGCAGAUGAUCAGCCUCUGGAUGAUUUUGGUCUGGACUACAUGGGCGAAAAUGAGAACGCAGACAGCGAUGCUGACGACGACGAAAUUGAGUACAACGAGUCGGAGAUGGGCAGCGAUGGCGAGGACCCUCAGGCGGAGUCGGAUUCGGAGUAUUGA